UGCGUUUUUGAAUUUUUAUGUUUUUGGAUGAUUUUUUUCAUUUUAUGAAUUUGGGAAAAGUAUCACUAGCAUCUUUGUUCUUCAUCACUAUCAUCAUCAAAAUAGCACGACCAACAAGUACAGCAUAGAAAGUCAGCUAUCCACUAUUCUAUGAGAUUAUUUCGUUCCUUGUCAACACUGCUGCCGACAAAAGCAAGUCGUAGCGUAAACGUAAAUCCUAACGAGACUGUGCCUCGAUUGCGGACAACAAAAGAAGUAUUGAUUCGUAGAUUGGGAUCGAACCGGGCUUCGGCUCAUUGUGACGCAAUAUCGACAAAAAGCGAUCGCCGGCAAUCGGAUUUGAUAGAUUAUAAAUUUUCCCCUGCAGUUGUGAGCCUAAGAAAAUUCGGGACGCUGGUAGAUCUCAUCGGUGGCCUCGAUUACCAACAGGAGCGACGAUUCAUUAAUGAACAGUUUUUGAAUUAUGGACGUGAGUCGUCAAGGGUAUCACGGGCUGUACUUCCGCCAGCUCAUUGUCUAAGAUCCAGAGAUAAACGUCACAAACUUUCAACUUCUUCGGCUGCUGUAUCAGAAACGCUGUUGAGAACCGAAAACCAGUCCCAUUCGGACGAUGAUUUGACAACAAUAGCGGAUUUACAUAGCAAGCUCGAUCCCACAGAUAAAGUGAUGAUCGAUUUUCUAAUGAAGUACAAGGCCAAACAUGGAGAUUGCCAUGUACCGACUGGAAAGACAAAGAGCACUCGAGAAGAGAGAACAAAAUUAAAUGUACCUGUAGAAGUUGCCGAUUGGGUGGUCAAACAAAGAAAACAAUACCGAGUGUCUAAUACCAAGAAAGGAAAACUCAGCAAGUCGCUUGCCGUGAGGAUCGUUGUCUUGGAAUCAAUAGGCUUUAUGUGGUCCUGUCGCGAGGCACACUGGCAACGAUGUUUCAACAAAUUUAAAAAAUUGCAAUGCGAGAACAAAGAGCAAGAAACAUUACCAAAAAUCAGGGAAGGUGAUCCACAUUUGCAUUCGUGGAUUGAUCAGCAGCGAAAGGCGUAUAAGAAGGGGACCAUGCCGAGUGAACGAGAAGACCUAUUGCGCAGUAUUAACUUUGUAUUUGAUCCUAACGAUGCUAGAUGGUGGAAAAACUAUCAAAAUCUUCACCGAUAUCAAAAAGAACACGGUGAUACCAUGGUGCCAUUGGUCGACGACGAUGAAAGUCCAAACUAUUUGGGACAAUGGGUCGCCCGGCAGAGAAGGUUCCAUCACCAAAACGUGUUGUCCAGAGAUCGCACGAAGGCAUUGAACGACAUCGACUUCACUUGGGACCCCGACGCCGAAACUUGGGAUAAAUAUUAUACCCAGCUCUGCGACUUUUAUCAAAAGCACAAUCAUACCCGAGUUCCCAAAACUAUGGGACCUCUUUGGAACUGGGUCGAUCGACAGCGUAGGAGCUACAGGAAACGUUUGCGUCUCGGGGAUAGCCAAAAAUGCGACGAUGAAACGGUAUCGGAGGGGGCUGUAAAAUCCCUCAUUACAAAAGAAAAUGUUCAAAAAUUAUCCAGUAUUGGAUUCGAAUGGGAGGACACAUCCCCAAAGGUAGAAGCAGAGGAACGAAUAAAAAGACUCAUGAAUGUGACGUUUGAGUUGUCCAUCCACGACGAAAACUGGGCGAACCAUUUCGAAAACCUCUGUGCCUUCCAGAGAGAGUUCAAACAUUUUUCCAUACCAACGGGCUCCGGUAAAUACAAAGAACUGCAUGCCUGGGUCCGCCACACACGGUAUCUGUACAACGCAAACAAACUGCCACCCAAUCGAAUAGAGCUCCUCGAUGGCAUCGGAUUUCCGUGGACCGCUGGACUGGCCAAGUGGGACCGGUUGUACGAAGACCUAGUGUCCUUUCACAAGAAACACGGUCAUACUAACGUCCCCGUGAAAAAAAUCGAACUGCAUCGCUGGACAAAGCAACAAAAGGCAAGAUGCGGAUCGAUGGACGAGGAUUGUGACUUGAACAAGCUCCAAGCAGAGGCAAGGGCUGCACGAAUCAAGCGUCUGGGCACCCUGAAAAAGGUCUUCUCGGGGAAAGAGAAGAACACAAAUAAUAAUAAGGAACAUACGAAUACAUAGAUGGUCAUCAUGAUAACACAAUAACUACAUUUGCAUUUA